UCUCUCUCCAUUAAUUAUUUCAAUGGGGUUGGGAUCCUAUUUGGAUAGUGUCAUUGGAUCAAAGCUAUACUUGUGUCAUUUAAUUUACAUUUAUUGGUAGUGCAGGCAAGUUUCUUUAGCAGUUUUUGUCUCUGAGUGUACCCUGUGGUCACUGGGUAAAAGGACAUGUUGUAGACUUUAAGAAUUAGCUUUGUCAUGUUGUGAAAUUUGGGAAGUGAUUCGUGUUUGCGUAGGAUAGUGAUUGUAACAGGUUUUGCAGCUAAUGCAGCUAUAUCUUAUACUGAGUCAUGGAUUUGAAUAGGAAGUCAUUGCGACAUCCAAUCAGAUACAAAGAGGGUAAAGCUAUAAAGUCUGUACAUCAAGUGCCAGAACUAGGAGUGAAUUUACUGCCCCUGUUUGAGGAGCUAGAGAGAGAUGAGGAAAGGGAAGCCCAGCAAACACUCCAAACUGAAGGAGCCCUCUCAGGAGAAUGGAGUUAUUCAGACCACACAGUACAGUUCUAUCUCCCCCCCUGCCUCACCCGGGGGGCCAGAGGAACCUUCCACAUAUUUUGAAGAAAAGGUACCAAUCCCUGAGGAUGUCACCCGGAUGUUCAGUUUCCGAAAACUCUGGGCGUUUACUGGACCAGGCUUUCUGAUGAGCAUAGCCUAUUUGGAUCCAGGAAACAUUGAAUCUGACCUUCAGUCCGGAGCUAAAGCAGGCUUUAAGCUCUUGUGGGUGCUCUUAGGGGCCACCAUCAUUGGACUUCUCCUACAGAGGCUGGCAGCACGCCUAGGGGUUGUUACGGGAAUGCACCUAGCAGAGGUCUGCAACAGAGAGUACCCCGUUGUUCCUCGUAUUCUUCUGUGGCUAAUGGUGGAACUGGCCAUUAUUGGCUCAGACAUGCAGGAGGUCAUUGGCUGUGCCAUUGCUUUCAACCUCCUCUCAGUGGGCAGGAUUCCACUGUGGGCUGGUGUUCUUAUUACUAUAAUUGACACAUUUGUGUUUUUGUUUCUAGAUAAAUAUGGGUUAAGGAAACUGGAAGCUUUCUUUGGCUUUCUCAUCACAAUAAUGGCUGUUAGCUUUGGUUAUGAGUAUGUGUUAGUGAGUCCGGAUCAGGGGCAGCUGUUGAAGGGUAUGUUUAUGCCCUACUGUGAGGGAUGUGGUCCUCUGCAGCUGGAGCAGGCUGUUGGUAUUGUUGGAGCUGUUAUAAUGCCUCACAACAUCUACUUGCACUCAGCCCUUGUCAAGUCUCGGCAAAUAGAUCGGGGGAACAAGAAGGAAGUUAAAGAGGCCAACAAGUACUACUUUAUUGAGUCAACCAUUGCACUCUUUAUCUCCUUCCUGAUCAACGUCUUUGUCGUAGCUGUAUUUGCUGAGGCCUUUUACAGUAAGACCAACAAUGAAGUGAAUGCAAUUUGCAAUGGAACAGAUAUUCCCUAUGAAAAUCUCUUCCCAAACAACAAUGACUCACUACAGGUGGACAUCUACAAAGGAGGUGUGGUCCUGGGCUGCUUCUUUGGUCCUGCUGCCCUUUAUAUUUGGGCCAUAGGAAUCCUUGCUGCUGGACAGAGCUCCACCAUGACAGGCACAUACUCUGGACAGUUUGUGAUGGAAGGUUUCCUGAACUUGCGUUGGUCUCGUUUUGCAAGGGUAUUGUUGACUCGUUCCAUUGCCAUCACACCCACCCUGCUGGUGGCCAUCUUCCAGGACGUGCAGCACUUGACGGGCAUGAAUGACUUCCUCAAUGUGCUGCAGAGCAUGCAGCUGCCAUUUGCUUUGAUCCCUAUCCUGACCUUCACCAGUCUACCGUCCAUAAUGAAUGACUUUGCUAAUGGAUUGGGGUGGAAGAUCGGUGGAGGCGUGGUCAUUCUAGUGGUCUGUGCCAUCAACAUGUACUUUGUAAUAGUGUACGUGACUACUCUGAACAGUGUGCUGCUCUACGUCUUGGCUGCCCUCCUGUCCAUAUCCUACUUGUGCUUUGUGGGGUACCUGGCUUGGCACUGUCUGAUUGCCUUGGGGGUUUCCUGUCUUGAUGUAGGCAGUAGGGUGCGUCUUGGGCUGCCUGGGCACACUGACGCUUACCUUCUGAAUGACAUGGACAAUGAUGUCGUGGAGGAGGGGACUCAUUACAGAGGUGGACAUUAGAAGUGGACCUGUGGCUAGAGAGAAAACACCUAUGAAUGAGUAUGACCUGAACUAUAAGAGGGACCUCUGAGUCUAAACCAGGACAGUAUUACACUGUGCCUUAGCGUCUUUAAAGUGUCCUUCUGUAAACACAACCUUAUGUUUACUGGUGCCUUAUGCCAUUACACUUGACAUUCCACAAGUUGGUUAACACAUUGGCCUGUCACGGGUUACUUUCGUUAGUGCUGUAAUUGCUUGUUACACUAUGUUACUGUUAAAGUAAAUUAUUGUUACAGUUGUCAGUCUAUGUAUUGAUGUGAAAACCCAAAUCAAAAUCAGAUUUUACUGUAAUUUAUUGUUGAUUAGUUUGUAGCAAAACCUUUAUUCCAAACUUUUGGCAUAGACUCAAAUCAGCAAUAGUUAUUUAAGAUGUAUACUAUUUUAUUUGUCAUUAAUAUUAAUUAAUAUAAUUGAUAACAGCUAAAUAAUUUAACUGGAUUAUGGGACAUUAAGCACUUAUAAAUUAUGUGUACUUUAUCAGAUUUCAAGGCUUCAGUCCUGGUCUUUGUCACUAGCUUUCUUUGUUUGGAAUGGAAAUAAUUUUCAAGGUAUAGUAGUUCUGUACUGACUUAUUUGGUGUGAAAUCAUUUUUUAUUAUUUAAUAAUUGUGUAAGUUAUUGUAACUUUUUUUUUUAAGAACCAAAGUACCAACAUAUUAUUGGCUUUUUAUAUAACUUUACAUUUGUAAAAUUGAAAUGACAAAAGAAAAAGACAAUAUUUGUUUAAAAUAUAUUUAUAUUUCCGUCACAUUUCUUGAUCGCCUAGACAGCAUUAUUAUAUAAAACUUAUACAACUUCAA